AAGCCGUGUAAGCUCCGGGGCUGACAGCUGGGAGCAGCUGGCGCGGGCAGCAGCGCCCCUCGACCAUGUCCCCUCCUCCAGCGUCGAACCGCCAGAAUUGAGUCCUCUCCCGGUCCCGGAACCGCAUCCACCUCUUUAAGAGAAGCCAGUUCCACCCAGUGGACCAGUCUGGAAGCCCAGGCAGGUCCUUGCAAUUCCAUCUGGUCACAGCAAGUUCGAGGUAGAAUGAGCCGAAGCCUUCUGUUUACACUUGCUCAGAAAAGCUGAGUCAGGAGCCAGAGUGGCCUUCCACACUGUUCACUUCCCAGGAUUUUCUCGUUCCCUUUGCUCUGUAACUCAAUGAUCUUACUGGCCAGGUCUCUCUUCUGCAUAUCAGAGUCACCUAAGCAAGGUCCCUGAGGUCAAGAAAGGCCUUCGUCCCCCUCAGCCGGACUCUAUCCCCACUAUGGAACAAGCUCAGGCGGAGCCCACAGUCCCCAGCAAGGCCAGUAGUGCAGAAACUGGUGAAUCUGAAAAACACGAGGCCCUGUCCGGACCAGAGAAGCACUCUCCAGACAACCCCCAGGACAAGGGCGGUGCAUCUGAAAAACACGAGGCCCUGUCCGGACCAGAGAAGCACUCUCCGGACAACCCCCAGGACAAGGGUGGUGCAUCUGAAAAACAGGAGGCCCUGUCUGGACCAGAGCAGGACCCUCCGGACAACCCCCAGGACAAGGGCGGUGCAGAGGCUGGUGGGACAGCUGGAGAACGGGACCCAGGAGACCAAGCUUUGCCACCAGCCCAGGAUGGGGACAAUCUCGAGUGCCCUCCUCCUGAAGCUAGCUCGAGUCCGUGCGGGGCACCAUCUGAGGUAGAGACGGCAGAGACGCGUUCUGGGCCACAGGAGCUUCCCCAGUCCCCCAGGACCCAACAGCCUGAUGUAGAUUUCUACUGUGUCAAGUGGAUCCCCUGGAAGGGAGAACAGACCCCCAUCAUCACCCAGAGCACCAAUGGCCCUUGUCCUCUGCUGGCCAUCAUGAACAUCCUCUUUCUUCAGUGGAAGGUGAAGCUGCCCCCUCAGAAGGAAAUGAUCACAUCAGAUGAGCUCAUGACACAUCUUGGAAACUGCCUCCUAUCCAUCAAGCCCCAGGAGAAGUCUGAGGGCCUUCAACUUAACUUUCAGCAGAAUGUGGAUGACGCAAUGACCGUGCUCCCUAAACUGGCCACAGGUCUGGAUGUCAACGUGCGAUUCACGGGCGUCUCUGACUUUGAGUACACACCCGAAUGCAGCAUCUUUGAUUUGCUGGGCAUACCUCUGUACCAUGGCUGGCUUGUGGAUCCACAGAGUCCUGAGGCUGUGAGUGCUGUUGGGAAACUGAGUUACAACCAGCUGGUAGAGAAGAUCAUCACCUGUAAACACUCCAGUGACCCCAACCUCGUGACGGAAGGCUUGAUUGCAGAGCAGUUCCUGGAGACCACUGCGGCGCAGCUGACCUACCAUGGCCUGUGUGAGCUCACAGCAACCGCUAAGGAAGAUGAACUCGGCGUCUUUUUUCGAAACAACCACUUUAGCACGAUGACUAAGCACAAGAGUCACUUGUACCUGCUGGUCACUGACCAGGGCUUUCUUCAGGAGGAGCAGGUGGUGUGGGAGAGCCUGCACAACGUGGAUGGAGACAGUUGCUUUUGCGACUCCGAAUUCCACCUGAGUCACUCCCUAGGCAGAAGCCAUGGGGCCGAAGGUGGGGGCGCCUCUCCAGAGAAGCAGCUGCAGGUGGACCAGGACUAUCUCAUUGCCUUGUCCCUACAACAGCAGCAGCAGCCGCAAGGCAUGCUGGGUCUUAGCGACCUGGAACUGGCCCAGCAGCUCCAACAAGAAGAGUACCAACAGCAACAGGCAGUUCAACCUGCGCCAGCCAGGGCCCCUUCUCCCCAGGGGAGAGGAUCCACAUCUGGACGUCCAGCUGGAGAGCGGCGGCAGAGGUCAAAGCCUGAGUCAGACUGUGUUCUGCUCUAACUGUACCCCCUUCCAGCGUGGACCCGCCCCCCCUGUCAGAGGCGGUGGCUGGUUUGCUCGCAGGAUCCAACCCCCCAACCCCUGAGGCAUACAGGGUGACUGCACUGCUGGGGAUCGAUCAGAGCAGGCAGCAGACACCAAAGGCGGACUCGGUACCACGCUCACCCUGGCCUUCUUCUCUGUCCUGUCUUCUACUCCAGCCGGGGCCACAUGGGGAUGGGCUGGGUGGUCUCUGGCUCCCAACCCCCUUUCCUGGAAUGUUCACAUGAAUAUACAGACCCAGGCGGAUAGGUGAAGUACCUCUCUGCCUGCCUGGUUGCCCCUGGCUACCCCACGGGCCAGUUUCCGUUUGUUUUAGGGUUUGAUUUGGGUUUCUAUCUUUAUUAUUUGUAAUGCCUUCCUAGGGAGUUGGGAAUAAAACUUCUUUCCUGA